GCGACGAUAAUCCUAAAGACAGACACUUAAAUCUCAGGAAAGUUUUUUUUCUUCAAAAAAUCUCGCAUUCUCCGGGGUCCGGGGAUCGUAAGACCAGUGAUGGAAGGCUCGAGACAAGAAUCAACGAUGAACAUACGAUUAGUGACUGCAAGUUUGUGUCUAGCUGUGCUCCUCAAUGCAAGUGCCACACAUGCGGCUAUUUAUACACCAGGAGGUGCUGUCUAUGUGAAUCCUGAACAGGAGAUUCAGGCAUCGCCGAGUCAGCAAACGAUAAAUUAUGUCACACAAACAGUUUAUGGAUUUUUGGAUUUCACAACUACCAUCGGCAACACCGUGAUGCUCUUUUCGCCACAAAGUUCAUCACCAGCUGUGGUGUCUUCAAGUGUUCAGGAGGUGACGCCAACUCAAGUGGUUGAGGUUGAGCCAACAAAAGUAGAAGUUAAAUCCACAAAAAUCGAGGUGAAACCUACGAAAGUGGAAGAGAAGAAGCCUAUUUCUGUAGUGACUAAGGAAAUCAAAUCCCCGCCGUCGUCAAUUGUGAAUGUAGUGACUGCAGUAGAGCAGCCCGAGAGGCCAUCAGUAGUGAGUGUGGUGAAUGUGGUUCAGCCCGUGACAGUGGCUACGUCCUCCCAUGUAGUCUCAACAAAAGUCGAUGUUAUUGUGCACAAAGAAACAGCACUGCCUAGCUCUGAGCCCACAGAAAUUCCUGAGAGCACUUCUGAGAAGACUGAGGAGAUUGAAGGGAAACCCGAUGGCUUGAUCAUUGAAUCGAGCAUCGUUGAGAUCAAUUCAAAUGUCAACUCAGACAUUCCCAUACAGAUUCCCAAUAAUAUUGCUGAGCCAGAGUAUGAUUUCCUGUCCAGGCAACCGGCGGAGUAUGUUGAAGAAACCUACAGGGUGCACAAUUUGAGAGGGAACAAGCCUCAUAUUAAAACCAGGCCGACGGAAGCUCAAAGAAGGGACAGUUUGCAUCCCACAGGAUUGGUUACGAAGCUAGGAGGGACUGUAGUUAAGGACGGAGUAACAACAAUUCACGAAACCAGUGUUAUUGGGACUUAUAUCUCGGGAAAAUAUGCUCAGGUUCUGCAGAGUUCAUCACAAAUCUUCCACAAUCCCAAUAAACCCAAGCUAGCUCCUUCUCCUUCCUUGAAAAUUCUCAAGACAGCCGCUCCGGCUAUUCCCAAGGCUCACAGGCAUACCGUCGAAGCUACUCCGAGCCUGGACAGCUACGAAGAUAGCUACACAACAGCUUCCGGACGCCUAAGCAAACGCCCAGUUGGUAUCCCGCCAACAAGCCCUGCUGAUUUCAAGAGUCGCUUCCGGAAUCGCAAAUACAACCAAGAGCCCCAAGAUUAUGCUGAAGAAGUCACUCCAGCUACGGAGAAGGUUACCACGAAGAAGUACAGAAGCAAUCAGAAGUACAACAGACCUUCAUCUGAAGUCAAUACAGUUUCCGUCUUUCCGGAAACGAGCUCAGUCCCCGCUUUUAGGCGCAACAAAGCUUCUAGGCAUGAAUUUAAGCCAACAUCCACAGUCAGCCAGAAUGAAGCAUACACCCGCCGAGGUUUCAAACCCAAACCUCAUCCGACGAGUGUGGACAAUGAACAGGCUUCCACGAGUCUCUACAAAUUCAAACUCAAUCGAACUCCUGGAAGGUGGCAAUAUAAAACCACUCCGAAACCUCGAGUAAAUAUUCGCAAAUCCACGGAUGAACCCAAAGAAACCGCCACGGAAACAGCCAAUCUCGAGGGAAGGUCAGACGAUGGGGAUCUCGAUGGACAGCCUUCUUUGACCGGAGACAUUCUGCAGGAUGACGGACGAAAUGGAAUUGAGAAACCCCUGCCCGUGGAGACGCUGAAAGUUGAAAUCUCAACGCCAUCGGACUUUGCGGAUGUCUACUACGAAAUUGCCACUAUCAAAUCACCCUACACGUUCCAGGUGGGACCAGUGAAGAAAACUCGCUUCAUUACAGUCACCUCCACCUUCGAGAAGACUCUAGAACCUGAGACAACCACCACAGAACUCACAGGACCCUUGACGGAGAACAUUCUAGCUACGACAUCCCAUUUAGACAGUGAACACAAUCUCCUAGACUCCACAAUAGCCACCCUCCCGCCCCUUUAUAUGACAGAUGAGGGUGAAACUCCAUCCCUCGAGACCCUUACUGAGACUUUCAGUACUACCCAUGAGCUUCUGAAAACCCACAUUCUGCCCAUUGUUUACAAUGAGAACAGUACCGAGAGCCACACGCUGAUCCAGACCUACCAUGUUACGCGCCUUGUCACCGCCACGAAGACCCUACCUCCCAUGGAGAGCUACCACUUCGUACCUAGCAAGACCUUCAAUGAGUUCAACAGUCGCCUGGAUGAGGCUGGAUCGGAAUUGCAUCUGGAACUGGAAUUUGGGGACAACAACGAAGAAGAUGAAGACGAUGAGACGGCACGUCAGGAGCUUCCAGCUGAAUUGGACUUGUCCAAGGUGGGUACUGACCUGGAUCUACUGGGACUGGAUCGUGUUCCAGCUAUUGUGCCAAAAUCCAAGCCGAAAGUCACUAAGACAUCCGUUGAGGCCACAACGCCCAAAUCUACGGAAAUUCAGCCAGAAAUCCAGCAAUUGCUGCGACUUCUCAAUCCAGCAGCAGCAAAUCUACCCCAAGUGAUUACAUCUUCUAAGCCAAUCGUUAAACUAGAGACAGUUUACGAUUCCCAUGUCAUUCCCAUCUUCAAUGGCGUCUCCACAAUCUUCAGCACACUGACAAGGCCAAUUGGGACAGUAACAAAGACAGAUUAUGAAUAUGAGACAACGACAAUCCAACCAUCUCUUCCUAUUCCUCCUGUUCCCAUGAAUCCUCUCUUCCCUCAACAGCCACAAUUCCAGAUCACAUCUGCUCCCAUCGUAACAAAUACCAUAGUCACUGUUACAGAUAGUAAAGUCCUGAAGUUGACAUUCGGUGCCAAAACAGCCUAUACGACGCUGUUCUCAACUCACGUAACCCCGACUCUGGUCACAACCUACGUCACCACUUCCGUUCCUGUUGCGGCCAAUCCAGCCGCUUUCCCAGGCUACUUCCCUGCCCCCUACGCUCCCUUCCCCUACGUCGGAUAGACCCUUGGGGAUCAACUGCCAGGAGAUGCCACCUGAGUGAGUACCUUUCAUUAGCUUGGGGAUUUUGUAAAUGGAAAUUGAUUAUUUUAUUUAGCGGCAAGAUAAAACAGUAGUAAAAUUUUCGAAAUAUUUCUAAGGAAUUGACAAAUAUUUUGUUGAUUUUCUUUGACGAAUUUUGUAAUUUAUUUUUCAGUAUUUUUGUUAAGUUAUCAGAUUUACAAAUAAUUAGAUAUGAGUUUAUUUGUAAAAGUUUGGAAAAGUUUGUAAAAAAAGGAGUUACCAGUGAUUUACAAAUUUCUAGCAUAAAUUUACAAAAGUUUGUUAGGGUGAUUAAUUUUUUUAUUGAAGAUUUUCGAAAUUCAAAGGGCAGACAACUGUGUCGGUAAAUUGAACACCAAUUUGUCGAUCUAUUGCAUUUUUUCUGUUCUUUUGCAAAAAUUUUGUUGAUGUAUCGAUAUUUUCUAAAAAUCGUGGAGAUCUACUGACCUUUUGUGAAGCUCGAGAAGUUUACAGCGAGGUUUUGCAAAGAUCGUGUCGAUGUUCCGAACUUCUGCGAAGUUCAUAUCGAUCUUUUGCGAGGUUUCUGUCAGUCUGACGGCCUUGUAAAAAGAUCGUGUCGACUUGGCGAUGUUUUCUUGUAAAAAGAUCGUAUCGACUUGGCGAUGUUUUCUUGUGAAAAGAUCGUAUCGACUUGGCGAUGUUUUAUUGUAAAAAGAUCGUAUCGACUUGGCGAUGUUUUUCGAAGUUCGAGCUAAAUUCGGCAAAGUUUAUGUCGAUCUACCUGAAUUUUUGCCAAGUUCGUAUCAGUGUGCCGAUUUCUAGAGAAGAUCAUGUCGAUUUUUCAACUGUUUGCGAAGUUUAUAUCGAUCUUUUGCGAAGUCCAUGUCAAUCUGCUGACCUUUUGCGAAGUUCAUGUCGAUUUGAAGGUAUUUUUCGAAGUCCGUGUCAGUCUGUCGAUCUUUUCCGAAGUUUCUAUGAGUCCGCCGAUCUCUUAAAAAAAACUUGUCGAACUGUCGACCUAUUGCGAAGUUUAAAACGAUCUUUUGCGUAUCCCGUGUCAAUCUGCCGCCCUUUUGAAAGGAUCGUGUCGACUUGGCGAUGUAUUACGAAGUUCAUAUCGAUCUUUCGUGACGUUUCUGUGAUCUGCCGUUCUGAAUGUGUCGAUCUGCUGACCUUUUGCGAACUUCAUUUCAUAUCUCUCGUUUGCGAAGUUUCUUGGAGCCUCUGCCGACCUUUUAAAAAAAUCGUGUCGAUCUUCCGAUCUUUUGCGGAGUUCACAUCAAUCUUCUGCGAAGUUCAUAUUAUUCUACCGACCUUUUGAAGGGAUCGUGUCGACUUGGCGAUGUUUUGCGGAGUUCAUAUCGAUCUUUAGUGAAGUUUCCGAGUUUUUUGAAAGAAUCGUGUCGACUUAACGAUGUUUUGUGAAGUCCGUAUUAGUCUACCAACCUUUUGCGGAGUUCAUAUCGAUCUUUUGCAAGGUUUUCCGUGAGUCUGCCGACCUUUUAAAAAAAAAUCGUGUCGAUCUGUCGUCGUUUUACGUAGUUCAUUUCGAUCUUCUGCGAAGUUCAUGUCAAUCUGCCGACCUUUUGAAGGGAUCGUGUGGACUUAGCGAUGUUUUGCGAAAUCCAUAUCGAUCUCUUACGAAGUCCGUAUUAGUCUGCCGACUUUUUGCGCAGUUCAUAUCGAUCUUUUGCAAAGUUUCUGUGAGCCCGCUGACCUUUUAAAUAAAAUGUCGACUUGGCGAUGUUUUGCGAAGUCCAUGUCGAUCUUUUGCGAAGUCCGUAUUAGUCUUUCGAUCUUUAAAAAAAAUCGUGUCGAUUUGCCGACCUUUUUCGAAGUUCAUAUCGAUCUUUUCCGAAGUUCGUGUCAGUCUGUCGACCUUUUCCGAAGUUUCUGUGAGAUCAACCUUUUGUGACGCUCAUGGCAAUCUUUUGCGAAGUUCCAGGCAGUUUGCCGCCCUUUUGAGAAGAUUGUGUCGAAUUGGCGAUGUUUCGCAAGGUUCUUGUGAAGUUUUGCAAAAGUUUAUGUCGAUCUGUCGACCUUAGCGAAGUUCUUGUCCAUCUGCCGACCUUUUGAAAACAUCAUGUCGAUCUGCCGAUAUUUCACGAAGUUCGAGUCAAUCUUUUGCAAAGCUUAUGUUGAUCUGCUGAACUUUUGUAAAAUCUAUGUCGAUCUUUUGCAAAAAUCGUGUCGAUCUGUGGAUGUUUCGCGUAGAUCGAGUCGAACUUGUGCAAAAAUCAUGCCAUUCUAUCUACCGGAGACUUGUCAAAGUUCAAGAAGUUCUUGUCGAUCUUUUGCAAAGCCUAUGUUGAUCUGCUGAAGUUUUGUAAAAUCUAUGUCGAUCUUUUGCAAAAAUCGUGUCGAUCUGUGGAUGUUUCGCGUAGAUCGAGUCGAACUUGUGCAAAAAUCAUGCCAUUCUAUCUACCGGAGACUUGUCAAAGUUCAAGAAGUUCUUGUCGAUCUUUUGCAAAGCCUAUGUUGAUCUGCUGAAGUUUUGUAAAAUUUAUAUCGAUCUUUUGCAAAAAUCGUGUCGAUCUGUGGAUGUUUCGCGUAGAUCGAGUCGAACUUGUGCAAAAAUCAUGCUGUUCUACCGGAGACUUGUCAAAGUUCAAGAAGUUCUUGUCGAUCCAAUGCAAAGAUUUUGUCGAUCUCCUGAAGUUUUGUAAAGCCUGUGUCGAUCUUCUGCAAAAAUCGUGUCGAUCUGUGGAUGUUUCGCGUAGAUCGAGUCGAACUUGUGCAAAAAUCAUGCUAUUUCACCGGACACUUGUCAAAGUUCAAGAAGUUCUUGUCGGUCUGUCGACAUUUCGCUAAGGCCGUGUCAAACAUUUCCAAAUUUUUUCAGACUAACGAGGUUUUGCAAAAUCGUGUCGAUCUGUCGAUGUUUCGCGUAGAUCGAGUCGAACUUGUGCAAAAAUCAUGCCAUUCUACCGGAGACUUGUCAAAGUUCAAGAAGUUCUUGUCGAUCUGUCGAUAUUUCGCUAAGGCCGUGUCAAACAUUUGCAAGUUUUUUUUCAGACUAACGAGGUUUUGCAAAGAUCGUGUCGAUCUGUCGGUACUUUAGAAUGUGUAUUUCGAUCUAUCGAUUAUUGAUACUAAAUUAAUGCUGAUUUGCCAAUUUCAUUCCAAAAUUCAAAUAAUAGAAUUAACAAAACUCUGAUAAAUUCGCCAAUAUUUGUCAAUUUUACAAAUUAUUCCUAAACGAAAAGUAAAAAUAGAAGAUCAAUUUCCACUUUGCAAUAUUUCCCAUCCAUUUUAUACCACAUCAAUUGAAUGAGGAGUUUUCCGGAUUCUCAGCUGGAAUCAUCAAUCCUUGUGCAGUUUCUUUUUUCAGUUCAAUCCUAUCAAUUGGCCAAAUGAUUGAAUUCUAAUUAGGAAAUUUAUUAAUUUGUUCCUGCCAUUUGUGCCCUUUUUUUGCAUUUCAUUAAAUAUUGAAUUCCUUCUUUUGCAUUUCGUGGGAAAAUUAUUGGGAAAUCCCACACGCUUUCCAAUUACUGAUAGAAAUCACCAAAUUGACGUGAUUGAGCUGAAGCGCAAGGAAAUGACAUUAUGCAAUGAUUCUGCUGAGAAUUUGUGGAAUGGAGAAUGUAAUUUAAAAAGAAAAAAAAAUAAUAAUUAUGUUAAAGAGAGCGAGAAUAAGUGAAAUUUGCGAUACAAAAAUUCCACCCAAAUACUCGAAUUUAAAAGAAAAAAGGUGAAAAAAGGAAAAUGUGUAAAAAAAAAACUAAGGUUUUAUACUUCUUUUUGGGAAGAGGUAUAAUGUACAAGUGGAUAGUGGAGGAAGUAAAAUUUUUGUAAAUAUAUUUGGUGCUGUAAAAGCUAUUGAGAAAAAAAAAGAACGAGAGAGACCUUUAAAUACUCUUAAAAUUAGAUGUUUAAAUUGCUAGGAAUAAAUGAGAAAUAUUUUCUAAAUA